GAGGCGGCGGGCGGGAUGCGGCUCCUCUUUCUGGCGGUGCUGCGGCCGCACACGGGCAACGCGGUCACCGCCCAGCGGGUCCGGGACCAUCUGGAAGCUGCCGGCCACACGUGUAUUCUGAAAGAUGCCCUUGACUUUGAAAGCUCAUCCGAAAUCGCAGACCUAAUCACCGCUGCGAACCUGGAGGCAGGCCUGGCUCUUCAUCUCUACAGAAGCGGCCGACUUUUGCAAGGUCACCGAAUUCCUUUUGGAGUUAUCUUCGGUGGAACUGACGUAAAUGAAGAUGUUAACCACAUGGAAAAAAACCACGUGAUGGGGAAAGUUCUGGAAGAAGCCAGGUUUGCCGUCGCUUUCACAGAGCCGAUGAAGGAGAUGGCGCAAGCGCAGUGGAAAGCAAGACAGAUUUCACUGGCUGUCACAUCCAUUUUUCCCGUUCAACCGCAUGUGAGGGGUAAGAUCUAUGUCCAAAGUCAAGGGAUUACAACAACACCAAACGCCGCCUUUAACUGGAACACCUUUCUUCAGCAUGCAGAGAUUAACCAAAGUGCUGACAACUUACACGUGUUUCUUUUGGUAUGUGGACUUAGACAAGUGAAGGACCCUCUCUACUUGGUGAAUGCAUUCUCAGAAUGGCAUCAGGAGGAGCCCAGUGUUUACAUGGUAAUUGUUGGUCCUGAAGUCGAUCCAGUGUUUACGAGGGAAGUAAAAGCCAAAGUAAAAAGGAGCCCCGGGGUCCGGCUGAUAGGACACAUGCCACGAGAGGACCUCCACGCCGUUGUGAAGAAUUGCUUCGCGGUGGUGAACAGCUCCGUGUCUGAAGGCAUGUCCGCCGCCAUCCUGGAGGCCAUGGAUCUGGGAGUUCUUGUGUUGGCGAGGAACAUUCCCGGAAACGCUGCCGUGGUGGAACACAGAGUCACGGGACUGCUGUUCUCAGAUCCUCAGGAGUUUGUUCAGCUGGCAAAGAGUCUGCUCAGCAACCCUGCAUUAGAAAGAGAAAUUGUGGCCAAUGGCAGGGAGUACGUGAGGACGCACCAUUCAUGGCAGGCGGAGCGGGCCACCUACCAGAGCCUCGUCAGGAGCCUGGAGGGGAGCUCGGAGGACUGAGCAGGUACCUCAGGCUGACCCCCAGAGUCUGGGUGGCCUAGCCCCAGGCACACCUGCUUGUGUGAAUCCUAGUGAUGUUGGCCCCCGACACCAGGUUCAUCCAAAACGUUUCUGUGCUCCCGUGGUCCAUCCAGGCUGCUGUUACCCGUCAGUCCUGAGGGAGCUUCCUGCUUUGCUGGCUAACUGGCUGAUGGGAGGAGAGGGGUUAACUGCCUUCAAGGGGAAUCGGGAGAGAUUUGAUCAUCUGCCAUAGGGCCCCCACGUGGACGAGCAAGGAUUGCUUCUGAACAACUGAAAGUGCAGACCCGUCUCCGGAGUGACCCACGCCCAUCACUGUCAGCUCUGAAAGCAAAAACCACCAGCAGUGGCGGGGAGGCCUGCUGGCGUCUUUGACGUGAGGCAGAUUGCAGGGCAGGCCUGUGUCUGAGCCUGACCAGGCCCUACCAGAUGCUUCUCUGCACCCUGUAGUCCACACACGGUCAUCUCAGUCUCAGCUACAGGGUUGGAAGACGGUGGCACCUGGACAGGCAGCCUGGCUCCCCAUUGGCACGCCUACCAGCUGCUCUGAGUUGGAACCACAGCCACACUACCUGUCUCUGGGAAGAGACUCCAGUGCCACAUGUUGGAACCAGGGCCUCCCUCCCCUCCCAGGAGCCAGGGUGACCAGUGAGGGGCUGAGACUCACGGCGGACACAGCGGGGUUGGCCACACAUCGUUGUGACAAUCACCUCCAUCUUCCCUAAAGUUAUGCUCCUUCUCCUUGGGACCUUUGUCAGGUCAGAGUCAUCAUAUCCUGUCAGACAUUCUGCUCAGGAGGUGGGGUGAGAGGUCCCUGUAUCUUUGAGGCAAGUGGCAUGGGGUUUGCAUAGUUGGAACCCACACAGUAGGCUCCAGGCCCCCACUGGAGGGGUUUCCAUGCUGCUGGCCUCCAGGAGGGUUCGGGAAGAAGCACAAUUAGUCCUGCUUUGUUUACACUUGAGGACAGCUUGGGCUGUUUGCUUCCCAACCAUCAUGUUAAAAAAAAAAAUGGGCAAAACCUACAUCUUGUUUUUAAAAGACCAAACCUCAGGUUAAGCUUCUUAGGCUGUGAUCACCUGGGGAUGAGGACUUGUCUAGACUCCAACCAUGUAAUCUGACGUCUCCAUCCACCACAUUAACCACAGAACAGAGUCCUUGUCCACCCCACCCCCCGCCAGGAUUUUGAGGCAGCUAAAAACCAGGCCCAGAGGGUUAUCACCCCCACAUCUGGGCAUCGGGCAUCAGAGGGAGAAUGGAAGCACUGAGCCCUCACGGAAUUGGUCAUGCCACCAGGUCUACAUCCAGGACACCGCUGUUUGUGAACUGCUGACCACCAGGAGCCAGGGCUCUGUUCCUGGCUGGACGGCACUGCGGCUGCCUGGCCCACUGUACCUCAGCAUCACCACGUCACGUUUGACUCAAGCCUAAUGCACUUUGGGAAAAGGCAUGUUUUUAAAACAAUAAAGUGUGUCACCAUCUGCUGUACCAAACAGCUGUUGUCGAUUCUC